UUUUUGGUUUUGCGAAAUCGUCGUUUGGAUUAUAAUUUUUUUUUUUUUUCUAAUUUUGGAUUUCUAUUAUGAAAACCGAUAUGUCUCCAAGAAAAAUCCGUUAAAGUUCUAUUCAAUCUUUUUCAGUCAGUGUGCUCAUUUGUCGUCAUUGUUGUCGUUUUGUCAUCUCUUGUCGUUGUUGUCGUUAACUUGUCGGCUUUUACUGAAAUUUUUAUUGUUUGGCAUAUCAAAAGCUUUGUGAAGAUCGUCAAAAUAUCACAGCACGGUGCCUAUAUCUGCUACUUAAUUUAAAGCAUUUUUCAACAUUCAAAAGGUGCUCACAGUUCAUUCUUCUCUUUAAAGUGUGUCAUUCCUCUAACGAUACAAAAGUUCGAUAAGUAUCUUUGUAUCUUUUGCAAAAAAAUUAGAAAAAAAAACGGUGAAAAGAGGUGCGCGAUUGUUGCAAAUUCAGUACUUGAUCUUCGGCCAAGUAGUGUGUGAUCUUUCUUGCAACUCGCUAGCUAUAGUGUAUCUACAUCUUUGUACCGCCAACAACGUCUCAGUUUCCGUGCUAAUUGCAUAUACCGCGGCUACGAACGCCCGCUCCAUCCCGCCAUCAACAUCGUUGCAUGAAAAUGGAAAGUGAUUGCUAAAUUGUGGUGCAGUGCACUUAUUUAAAGUUGUAUUUGUAGAGUUAUUAGUUCAUUUAACCGCAAAGUGUAAAUAUAAGGUGCAGAAAAAAAAAAUUGUAACAUUCAUUCCUGAUCGUGACUGUUGGAUGCUGUUGGAGAGUAAUAAUUUUUUUUUCUCUCGAAAUUAUGAUGCUGUGUGGUUUAGAUUCGCAACCAAUAAAUGUGUUUAGGUUAUUGGAGUGAUAUUUUCUAACUGUCAAGUUUGGAUAUUAUUUGUUUUUGCAAAUUGGAAGUUAUUUCUUUUUUUCAACUUUUCCGUGUGCUAUAUCAACAACGACGCUAUAUUUGUUGAUUGCAUCUGGUUUUAGUGAACAUUCCGCAAAUCUUAAGUCACCUUCAAUUUAUAUGUACGAUGGAGGCCAACGAGCAUGUUAAUGCUGCUGAUAUUCACCGUCAAUCAGAAUCACCGGCACGUACCAUAGAUUCACAUGGCUCAACUGUGGGCAGUAUGGAGACAAUUGUCGAUCGCAAUGAGGAAUUAAUGCAAAUAACAAUGGACACAAGUACGAAUACGACAAAUCUAGACAGGCAUAGUUUGACAAAUUCUCAAAUAUCAAUUAUUACCAAGGAUGAAAAGAUUGCACAAGAUGCCCAAAGUCAUAUAUACUCGAGCCCAGUUUAUAUGACAACAACAGAGAAACCAUCACCUGUGAUUAAUGAAGGACGACAACUUCCUCAACAAAUUGAGUUGCCAAAAUUAAUAAGCCAUGCUGAAUUUGAAAAACAACAAUUAGGUCGACCAAAAUCAUCAACUGAUCUGAUGACAAAAAGUCCAACAGCAACAAUAGAUUCAAAAAUUAGCAAAAAACAAAGAUUCCCGCCAGAAUUGAUAAAGAUCAAAGGGGAUUCGGCUAAAGAGUUUGGUAGUAGUAAGGUGGGCCGCAAUCAUAACCGCAGGAAUUCGUUUCCCAAUCAAGUGAGUCUGGGAGUGGUACAAUUGUUGUUGAGUAUUGCACUUGUUGCCUUGGGUGCUUUGUUGGUUGUGCGUGGGGCGUCACUGGCAACGGUUGGCGGUGGUGUAUGGACUGGUGGGAUAGCUGCCAUUACAGGUGCUUUAGGUGUGAUAAAUAUGCGAAAGGUGCAGACUGGAUUUUUGGCGUUGAGUUUGGUGUGUAUAGCGACAAGUACAUUGGCGUUGGCUAUAACAGGAGUUGGGUUGACAAGGGAUAUUAGCAAAAUGGAAGAAAAGAUCAAUCAAACGAAAUUAAAUAACGAGAAGAUUGCUGCUGCAUAUUGGUUGGUACUAACAUUGGGCCUGCAUUUUAUUGUGAGCGUGAUUUCAGUAUAUAAAUCGGCCUCAAGACUUUGCUCAAGAACUCAACAUGAUGAUUCUAUGUAUGACACCAUUAACAACUCAGGCCUACCCCUGGACCAUGAAACAAUCGAAGAGUACAUCAAAGCAAUGUCCUUGUCGUCUGGAACGAAUAAUCUAAUAAAAAAGGAACAACUCCACACUCCACAGCUCAUGUAUCCAACAAUGAAGGCUCCGAGUUCAGCUAAGGCCAACACCCUGUCAUCGCGGUCCGUUAUCUUAAUUCCCGCAUCCCUGGGAAGUGCACUUCUACCACCCACACAACAGCCGUUGACACAGAUGAUGCGACCACCACUCGGUCUGCCACCCCCUUACCCCAUGAUGUUGCCUCCAGGUGCGACACUACCCCCACCACCACCAAUGGCCUACCGUGGUGGCAUGACUCUACCGCACAACAAACGUCCAGGACGCUUCUAUGCAUCGCAUCGUUCACAAAUGGCGUCUGCUCGCCAACAACGUCAUCCCCAUCAUCAUCCCCAUCCACAUCCUCAAUCCGAGAUAAAUGGUCGUCAUACCAAGUCACAUCGCAGGACGUGCAACAGCGACGGCAACGGCAAUGGCAACAGAGGCCGACAUCAACGUCGUAAAUCAGACACCGAUGCGGACAAUCGAAAAGCAUUCACCUACACUGGCCUCGAUAGGAAAAUAGCUGAUAGUUUCCUCGCUCGGCAGGAGCAAACUAACAGGAGUCAUAUUGAUUAUUCAUCAUCUGGCGAUGGCGAGUCCACCCGGAAUGAAUGUCAUGAUGUAGCUAUGUAGAGCAAUCCAAGCAAGCACGUUUACAUCCCUUUUUGCUUCUGCUCCGUUGUGCUAUAAAAGGUGCUGCGAGAAUGUCCAAUCAAUGCGGUUUCAUAUUCAACAACGACACGACCAAAACGCUCUAGGAUCCGUUUUUGCCCAGGUGCUAUAUUAAAUUAUCUCUCUUCCGGCUAACAAGGACGGCUCGGUAUAUAUAUGUAAAUAUCCAUUAUAUCUCCACAUGUGUAUUAUUAUUCUUAUCUAAGCUUACGAAUAUUAAAAAAAAAAAGAUACAACAAAAAAAAAGUAUCUAGAUACAAUUUAUAGAUCUGUUCAUUUGUGUAAUAUAUUGAACAAUAUUUCAAAAUUAAUAUAUAAAUUGUGCAAUGUGCAUA